AUGAAGUACUUCAUUCUCUUGGCCCUUGUUGCUGCAGCUUAUGCUGCUCCCCUUGAUGACGACGAUGUUGGAGGCUACGAGUGCAGGAAGAACUCUGUGCCCUAUAUCGUGUCUCUGAACGUUGGCUACCACUUCUGUGGUGGCUCCCUGAUCUCCAGCACCUGGGUGGUGUCUGCCGCUCACUGCUACCAGUCUCGCAUCAACGUCCGUCUUGGUGAGCAUAACAUUGCCGUCAGUGAGGGAACAGAGCAGUUCAUCGACUCCACAAAGGUCAUCCGUCACCCCAGCUACAACAGCUACAACCUGGACAAUGACAUCAUGCUGAUCAAGCUGAGCAGGACUGUCGCCUUGAAUAGCAAUGUGGGCACCGUAUCCCUGCCCUCCAGCUGCGCCGGCGCCGGCACCACCUGUCUGAUCUCUGGAUGGGGAAACACUCUCAGCUCUGGAACCAACUACCCUGAUACUCUGAGGUGCCUGGAUGCCCCCAUCCUGAGUGACACCAACUGCAGAAACUCCUACCCUGGAGAGAUCACCUCCAACAUGUUCUGCGCCGGAUUUCUGGAGGGAGGAAAGGACUCCUGCCAGGGUGACUCUGGUGGCCCCGUGGUGUGCAACGGUCAGCUGCAGGGUAUCGUGUCUUGGGGUUAUGGCUGCGCCCAGAGGAACAAGCCUGGAGUCUACACCAAGGUGUGCAACUACAACACCUGAAUUCGCAACACCAUGUCCUCCAACUAGAUGGAAAAUGAAGUCACCGACAUCGGUCAUGGAGCUGAAGAAUCUGUUAUUAUGACAAAUAAAUGCUCAAAAUAAUGUCCUUGUUUGUUUUAUUCACUGGAUAAACACAGAUUAUCUAAU